GAGGCGACGCUUCUCCCUUUCCGGAUUCCGAUUUUCUCCCCUAAAAUCAGGGUGUUUUUUUUUCCCCCUUCUUCUUCUUCCUCUCCCCGCAGCGGAGCUCGAUCGAAGGGGAAUUUUGGAAAGUGUUUGCUCUCAGCCGAAGGGGGGGGGGGAAGAAGGAAGGAGUGUUUAUUUAUUUUCUCCAAUUUUUUUAGCUUUUUUUAAAAAAAUGCAAGCGUGGCUUGUUGAUGAAGCGCACGGAUUUGGGAUUUAUUUUUGAAAACGAUUCCUCCCACUUUCCCAAAAAAUCUCCCUUCACCCGCAACAAUCCCGGCUCAAAACAACCCCUGCCCCCCCUCGCUCCCUCCUUCCCUCCCUCCUCCCUUCUUCUGUCCUUCCAAUUCCUGGAUGAACCCAUUGCUCUCGCCCAAGCGCUGGCAAAAAAAAGCAAGCAAGCUCCGGAAAACCUGCGAAAGGCAAUCCCGGCUCCAGCCCAGCGUUCGAUCCAGUCGCCCGACGCAGCCGGAGAAAGCGCCGCCGCCAAGACUCUCCAGCCUUCUUGCCUGCUCCCAGCCCGCCGCCUCCGUCGCCUGAUUUUUAGGAUCGCCAAGAACUACGGAUCCCUUUUCAGGAGAAGCCUAAGGAGGUUCAUUCCCGAUUAUUAUUAUUUGAAGGGGGGGGGAGAAAUCUUUUUUUAAAAAAAUCUGAACCCCCUCUUCUUCGCUCGGCCGUUUAACCCCCUCCGUGCAAAUUUCAUUUUAUUGCAUUUAUGAUUCUUUAAUUGAAGGGGAGGGAAGCCAGCGGCGCGUGUUUUCGGGGGGGGGGAGGAGGUCACGUCCAACAUCUGGCUGGAUCUCUCCUUCUGAGGAGGGGAGGGGUUUGCAGCUGGCUUCAUUCCCCCCCCUCCCCGCCUUCCUAUGAAUUAAACCCGUCCAAUCGGGGGUGGCUCCUUGGACUUUUAUUAUCUACACGGCGAUGCUGCCACCGAGGCUGCCCGGGCCGGUGGCGUCCCGAAUUCAUCUCGCCUUGUGACUGCCGAAAUCUUCUUCUUGUCUCCCUUCCUCCAUCCCAGGACAAGCCCCCCCCCUUUUAAAAAAAAUAUAUUUUUUGCAUUUGACACAUACACAAAAUGAACCCAAGGCCCUUUCCUCCAGCCUUCCAGAAGCUCUCUAUUUAUUUUCUUUUUUUCGCUCUGGCCGCGAAGGAUUGGACCGGCUCGGUGGGAAGAUCGGAAGCGUAAAUCAAUUUUUUUUUCGUGAAAAAGCUCUCCUGGGCAAUCUUCUCUCCCCCCCUUCUUCUUCUUGCUCCAGUUCUUUUCAAAGCCGGCUCGCCCUCUCUUUGAUCCAACCUUCCCCCCCUUUUUUUUUAAAUCAGUUUUUUCUUCUUCCGAUUUUGAACGAGACACCCGGCACCAUGAUCCUGGUGCGCAAAUUCCGCGUCCUGAUCCUGAUGGUCUUCUUGGUCGCCUGCACCCUCCACAUCAUGAUCGAUCUGCUCCACGCCGCCGGCAAGCAGCAGCCGCCGCCUCCGCCUCCGCCGCCCGGGGAAGAAGCUGCAGAUCCGCGGCCCCAAGCCGGCGCGGAGGCCGCGGGCUGGCCUAGCAAGCACACCCUGCGGAUCCUGCAGGAUUUCAGCAGCGACCCCAGCUCCAACCUCAGCUCGCAUUCCUUGGAGAAGACCCCGCCGGAGCGAGGCGGAGAAGGAGCCGAGGCUUUCCCCGAUCGCAACCGCAAAGCCUUGAUCCCGGAGCAGAGGCUGGCCUCGAACCCGCGGAGUCGAACGCCGCCGCCGCCGCUGCCUUCCGAAGGGACCGGGCGCCGGCGGGAGCUGCGGCCGGGGGAGCCCCCUUUCGGAGCCGGGGAGGACGCAGGGGCGGCUGCCGGAGGAGGCGGAGGAGAAGUCGGCGGGUUCUAUUCCAAGCUGGCGGCUCUCUUCCAGCACCCGCUCUACCAGCGGCCGCCGCCGGCGCUGGGCGACCACGAUGUCCUCUUCAAUGUCAACAGCGACAUUCGCUUUAACCCCAAAGCGGCGGAGAAUCCGGAUUGGCAGAACGAAGGCAACGAAGACGAGGAAUUCCUGCCCACGGGCGAAACGGCGAUCGACUCUUACCCCAACUGGCUAAAAUUCCAUAUUGGCAUCAAUCGGUAUGAACUGUAUUCCAGACAUAACCCGGCCAUCGGAGCCUUAUUGCAAGAUCUGGCCUCCCAGAAGAUAACAAGUGUUGCCAUGAAAUCAGGAGGCACUCAGCUCAAACUGAUCAUGACAUUCCAGAAUUACGGGCAAGCAUUGUUUAAGCCGAUGAAAGUUUUGGGGCAUUUGGUUGACAUUUCUCAGCUUGUGCAUGGUUCAGCCUUCAUAAGAGGAAGAAGACGCCACCGAGAACGAUCAAGGGAUCCAUCACUUUGCUUAUUCUUUCAAACGUUUUCUCCUGUUGGGCAAGGUUGCGAGAAUUUUGUGGCAUUUACAAACAGCGUUUUGUGCAUGCUGUCUAAUGAACCACACUGGCUGAAAUAG